GAGGAUUUCGAAACAAUAAUGUUUUCCCGCGGUCCUGCUAACAUGGCUGUGGGAAGAUUGUAUGUAGCCGUAUUCUUAUUACUGAAUCAUGGAAACUCUGCCGUUUUCAGUCAGGAUAUUGACGAUGAUUCUAUUGCAUUUGACACUUCCAGUCAACAUGGGCUCAAUGUAGAAUCAUUACAAGCUAAUAAUGACACGCAAUUCGAUAAGAGAUAUCUUCUUUAUGAUGUGAAUCCUGGAGAAGGAUUUAACCUCAGACGGGAUGUGUACAUGAGAGUACACGGCAAAUAUGAUGAAGCUUCUGCGAGAAAAACGGAACUGGAUCCUUGUCGUUCCGCCUUGGAGAAAACUUUACCACUGGCGAUCGGCGAUCGAACAAAAUGCCCUUCCUUGGCGGACAUUUUUCGACCUGGAAAGCUUGAAUCGUUACGUGCCUGUCAUUGAGUUUGAAGAAUUCGUGAGGGAAACUGGCGAAGAAGCCAUAGAUGAAAUCCUCUAUUUACAAGGUUACGCUGAAGGGUGGAAAGACGGACAUUGGGAAGAAAAAAUAGACGAUAGAGAUUGCAUUGAUAGACCUGUAUACCACAAAGAUGAAAGCGGGUAUUACAGAGGUUACUUCUGGGGAAUGGAAGACAUAUUCGCGCGUAAAUUUAAAUGUGUCUCUGUACAGGGCACUUCGGCAAUCCUAGUGCCUACACUUCUGGAGAAAACCAAGUCAAAGUAAGAAUGUCUUUAAUUCGAAUUCGCUAUUUUGAAUUACUUUUUGGGCUCCAUUCUCUGUAGUGUUUCGUCACAAUAACCUAAAGUUCAAUAUUUAUGUCGAAUGGACGAGAUCAAAGGCACUUGAAAAUAAUUCAUUUACACGUGUACUUUUCUUUCAUUGUUUUAGCUGGUAUGUUGUGACGAGUUACAGACAAUUCUCUUAACGGGUGGAAAGUACCAUAUAUCACAGAGGCUUCAAACAAAUUUUCCAUUUGUAAACUGUGAAAUAUUACUGGGAAAAUUGUCGUCAACAUACUAACUAAUCAGCUGAAGUUCUUUACAGUAUAAAUUGAAUGCAUUAAAUUAAUAUCAGUACAAAAGUACAAACAAAACUCCAUGGGGUUCUUUUCAUCUCUGUGAAAUUAAAUUUUUAUUACCUGAAAAUGAGAUAAACUUUUUCAACUCAAAAUUCUCUCUUAUUUUUUGAAAAACUUUUGUUCAAGAAGUGAAGUGAAGUGCUAUAGACUUUGAAUGGAAAUUGUACAUGUUUAUGAGUGCACAUUUAGGGUUUCAUUGUUGCAAUAUUCAAUUUUCUUUGUUUCUUCACCAAUGAUGUGAUUCCCAAGACUACUAUGUAUUGAUCUGGAAACUUGGGGGCAAAAUUAUAGGAAAAUAACCUUGUUUUUCUUUAUUACCUUUAAGAGUCUCAUUUGCAACACUGUUCAAUUGAUAUUUAUGUUUUACCUAUAGUGUUGAAAAAUUUGGGUUGGAGACCUGUGUGGGUCUUCCUGUUGUAUUUUUAGGCAAGGCACUUUACUCUCCGAGUACCAUUCUCCACACAGGAGAAUAAAUAGUUGGUUAUAAAAUUUCAGAGAAAAUUGACAAAGUACUGGGUAAAUCCUUAACAGACUAACAUCCCAUGCACACUCUUACAUGAUUGAGCUUAACCCUUUCACUCUCAGAUGUGAUUGAUAUGUAACUUUUCCCUAUAAUAUCCAUACAUUGUUAGGCAUACUGGUAAUGAGAAUGCUCAAAUUUAUCUGGUAGAAGUUGUUCUCUUAAUCUGACACCAAAUUCUGAUAACUAAUUUACAAGGAAAUGUGUAGCAGCUAGAUGAGAGAAUUAACUAUCGGAUCUUGGGAUUUAAAGGGUUAAGCUUGAACCAACCUUCCAGGAGAGUGUAUACAGAUAUUCAAAAUGAAAAAUUAUCUAUAGGGUGUUUUGAACCAUCUUAACAUUUUCACCAAAAAAAAGUAAACAAAGUUCACAACUUGUCAUUAAUGUGUCCUUUUUUAAUUAUUUCACUGCAUUACAGAUCAGUGUUUGUAGAGAGAUUUGAGGAAGUGUUGCACAUCAUUUAUGGACAAAAGGAUUAUUGGGAGGUACUGUAACUUAGUUUUUCUGUGUUUUCUUUCGUUGUUUCAGGUCUGUGUUUAUUGACAGAUUUGAAAAGGUUAUGCACAUUCGUUAUGGUCAGGUGGAAUUUUAUAAGGUAAUCUGAAUUUUCUUAUAGUUUUGCGAAGGGACCUUGUCCUAUUCAGUAGUUACUCUCGAUUUCUGAUUGGUUGCUCCCCCUUCUUGCUGUUAUACAUUUCCUCAUAAACUAGUUCAGAGAGUUUCAUUUUUAACCCCUUGGCCCCUGAGAGUAAUAAGCAUCUAAUUUCUCCCUACAAUAUCAUCUCUGAAUCACAUAUGAAAGUCAUGAGAAUAAAGGAAAUGAUCAGCAACUGAAGAGGCUCUUGAUUGGGAAGUGAAUUCUCCUUGUCUUAGGAAAUGUAUAGUGAAAAGUAUGGAGAAUCUAUAUGCUGAUGUUAAAAUGAAAAGGGUUUGUGGUUUAAAGCAUUGUUGAUUGAUAAACAGAAUUUAAAUCUUUUUUUCACUCAGUUAGGAAGGGUUAAUUUUUUUUCAGGCAAGGAGGAGCUUGGUAUUUGCCAAACACUUAAGAGAUGAAGGAGACAAGUUUCGCAGAGAACUCUUAAAAUCUGAUGAUGAGAGGGAUGCUACAGUCAUGGAUCCAGACUGGACCAAGAAUCAGAAAAAAGAAGGUUCUGCUAAAGGAGGCCCAUAUUUAGCAGUUCACUUGAGAAGAGCUGAUUUUCUCUAUGCUCACCCUGAUGGCGUUCCAUCUCUUGACAAUGCUGUCAAGCAGAUUAAGGAUAUUCUUGAAAAGGAGAAGCUUGAUAUGGUAUUCCUUGCAACAGAUGCUGAUAAAAAAGGUGAGGCACAUGCAACUAGUUGAAAGUAAGCCCUUGAGUUUGGAAAAUUAGGAUGUUUGUUUAGAAAAGCCUGCAAAAAAUUCCUUCAUUUUUCUCAUACAAAUGUUUCUGAACUCUGUUAAAAGAAGAUGGAGGAUGACAAUAAUGUUGGUGACAUACCAUGGUCUUCAGAGGUAAUGGGUUGGAAAUGUUUGGCAGAAAAUUUUUGAAGUUUGUGUAAAAGAAUUUUCAAACUUUACACAGCAAUGAAAUCAUCAUCAGGCUGUGUAAAUUGAUGCACUGCCUUAAGUCCGGGGGGGGAUGCAGAGGUGUGAUGACCAGUGUCCUGGAAUCAGGGCUGAUAGGUCUGGCUGGGCUGAGGGCUGAGGGCUGAGACAUCCAGCUCAAGACCUGACCACACCAAUGUGUUGUGUUCUUGGGCAAAACAGGCUACAGGCUAGCCUCUCACCACCCAGGAGUAUAAACAGGUACUGGCAAAUUAUUUGAAAGCCUAAUGAAAUUCUGGCAGGGAAGCUUGCAAUGGACUGGCAUCCCAUCCAGGGUGGAGUAGUGAUACUCCUGGUCACUUCAUGCUGAGGAGACUGGGAUGAGCUCCAGCUGAGUUGGCCUCUUGGUGUGAUCAUAGACUUUGCUUUUGCCUUAGAGUCCACAGAAAAUGCCAAUAAGAGUUUGGAAAAGGUUUUGGAUUUUUUUCAUCAACAAUGUACUUGAUUACCCUGUGAAAAAUACAUGAAUUAUAACAUUAGCCCUGGUAAAAUGUUUUGUCUUUCAGAGGUGACAUAUUUGAAGAGUAAACUACCCCUGGUGAAAUAUGACCCACCAAAGGAAAUUCUACAUAAUUAUGGUGAUGGCGGAGUUGCCAUAAUAGACCAGUGGAUUUGUGCACAUGCUCAAUACUUUGUAGGGACAUGUGAAUCAACAUUUUCAUUUCGUAUUCAUGAAGAAAGGGAUAUAUUAGGUUUCCAUGGUGACAAGACCUUUAAUUGUCUCUGUGGAGAUAAGAAGCUUGGAAAAUGUGAACAACCAUCAAAAUGGAGAGUAGUAUACUAAAAAUAUGAUGAAUGUACUUUAAAGCUCUUCUACGUUCAACUUUCAGUCAGUCAUUAAAAGAAGAUAACUAAUAAAUUAUGGGAUUGCUUUGGGAACAGGAUGUGAAACAUUUCUGUGAGACAAGAUGGUCGUUAGAAUUUUUAGAUAUUAGUACCAGUAGACACUUAGUUAACCCUUAAACUCCUACAAGUGACCAAGACAGAAUUUCUCCUUACAAUAUCAAUACAAUGUCAAGCAGACAAGCAAUGAGAAUAAAGAAAAUUAUCAAUUAGUGGAAUUGUUAAUUGAUGUAAGACCAAAUUCUCCAAGCUAAAAUCAAGAGAAUCACCGGUAUAUGGUACACAGUUAGGAGAAUAAAUAGAAAGAACUUGGGAGUGAAAGAGUUAACUCUUCAUUUCCAGGAGCGACCAAAAAGGAACUUCUCUUUGUAGUAUGGAUUUUUUUCAAGGAGAAAGGUGAUGAGAAGGAAUAGAAAAAGAGAAAUUGAAUAGAUACAAUCUUGAAACACAUGGAAACCAGAAGAAAAAUAAAACUAGUUCUGGUGCACUUUGACACCAAGGUAUUUAUGGCAAGGUCUUGUUUUAGCAUUUUGAACCAAACUUUGCUGACCUAAAUGGUGCAGUGAGCAUCAGGAAUGAGAACUGAAAACUUCCAGUUGCCAUUUGCGUCUUAGAAAUGUUUGUACUUUUAAAAGCUCCCUCAUAUCAGCCAAGGAAUACUGUUUGAUGUAAUACCAAAUUCUUAGAGCUACAAUUGUAAGAGGUGUUUGGUGGACAGAGGGGAGAAUUGAUCUUUAGAUCAAAGGGGGCAUGUGGGUGUAAGAACAUGAUUGGUGCAUUUACCCUCUGCACUAAGAUGAUGAGGAUCUCAGAAUAAAAUUUUUACUUGUUUUCGCUCACAAGAGUGCCCACAGUCUAUCAUUUCCUGCUUAGCAUAUAGAGAUAGUGAAAAAAAAUCUAACUGGAGAUAAUAGAUUUAUGCGGCAUGAUUUCAUGUGAGGCUAACUUCUUCUCACUCAAAG